CACUGUGUCUUGUGCAAUUUGAGGGAUAACAAUGUUGAGAUAGUCUUUUAACCAAGCAUACUGUUGCACGCUUCUGAAAAAAGGUGUUCAGCUAAGAAAGCAUUGUUUGUAACUGCUGUGAGUGUUUAUCCCUUGAAGAAACUGAAUUUUCUGUUUAAAAAAAAAAUCAAAAUCAAAUAAUUUUUCUAACGUGUGACAGAUUUAGAAGUGUACAGGGAAUUAGGCUUCAUACUUUUGUGUUAAUCUGAGUUCACGCCUGUUAACAAGCUGGCUGUCCGAUUUUACCUGGUUGACCCUGUGGUGGACACCAUGACAGCGUUCGGAGGACCCAAUCGAACGCCGGCACAGUUUGCUCUGUUUGAUGCUAUACAAAAUAGGAGGUACAGACAAGCACUGCUUCUGGUGGAAGCAGGAGUUGAUGUUAACAGUCGAAAUGAGCGCGGCGAAACUCCGCUGAUAUGCACGUGCACUUACGUGGAGGAGUGCAAGAACCGCGCUAAGCUAGGACAACUCUUCUUGAACGCGGGCGCUGAUCCGAACGUACAAGACUGGCAAGGUUUAACAGCACUCAUGCAUGCUUCUAUUAAAGGUCAGACAGAUAUGGUGUUGCUCAUCCUCGAAAACAAUAAAACGGAACCUGGGAUCCAGGAUAUGGAAGGAAACACUGCACUGAUGUACGCUGCCACACGUGGUCAUGCUAACGUUAUCUCCAUCUUUACAAAUACAUUCAAACAUCAACGAAGAGCAUUACAUUUAGGCCAGAAGAACAACCAAGGACUGACAGCCUUACAAUUGGCUUCAAAAAACAAACAUGACGGUUGUGUAAGACUGCUUACCAGAGAAGCACAGCAGUUUCCAAACAGUCUUGUUGGAGAAUUUCCAGAUCCCAAAGAACUUGAAAGAGCACCCACACCAACGAAGAAGAAGCACAAAGGAUUAAAAAUUAAUUUUUUUUCAUCCGUAGGAAAAGAUGAAGGACGUGUUAUAAUUCCUGAAGAAAAAAUUUGUUUUUCUUCUUCAAGUAGUAAGGAAACGGCAGAGGGAGAAAAGAAGAAUCCUCUUGACAUAAACUCGCGUGUUGACGCCUCCCCUCUACCAGAUAUAAAACGAUUGUGUUCAACUGGGUCUUUACAAUCGGACAACAGUGUUUCUCAGCUCAAACCCAGGAAAGACACUUCACUUCUUCACACACAAACAAAAACAGAAGACACGGAGCUUAUAAUGUCAUCUGCAGAAGAACUUCAGGGUGUAAAUAAAACCGAACAAAGUGAUCAAGACCCUGUCAAAGAAGGUGAAGUUAUGACCGCAUCGUCCAACUCAUUCUCGUCUGGACUAACGUCUGAUAAAUAUUCCAUACUCCCCCUUAUUACACUUCGCUCAAUUGGCCACAUAGAUGCAUCAGUGUCUAGUACUACAAGUGAACCAUGGGACUGGGAUCUUUCUGUUCGUAGCAGACUGACAGGAAAAUACCGUUUGGAUACUGGAAGCCGGAGUUUGUCCGAAUCUCGUGGAAAACUUACAGACAGUCUAGAAGGUAUGAAAGAAAAACCAUUCAGUAGUUCUGACAAACUUCACGAAGUCUUGCCAAAGGAAUGUUUGUCUCCUAGUCCGUCUGAAGAUAAGACAUCAACUUCUUCAUCCAAAGUAAGAUCGUCUGAAGGUAUCAGCAUUCUACCUCCUCUCUUUCCUGGAUGCAAAGAUGGUGUACACCUUCCACCUAUCAGAAGCAGUCUAACACAUUAUAAGCGUGGACAUGUAGUGUCUCCAGCUACUGUAGAACACAACUCUAUCAAAGAAGAGAUGGAUCAGAGCGACAUUAUUCAAACACCAAAAUCAGAGUUUACACCAAAGGGAAUUAAAACAUGACCAGAUUUUACUUAACAAAAAGUGCUCUUUAACUUAUCUUCUCACAUAUUGUGUAGUUUAUCUAAUAUUACUGAGCCAAGCAUAUCCCGUAACAUUCUUAAACGAUACAGCUUCUGAAUACGCCUUGAAGCAGCCUAAACUGAAGCAACUUACCACAGUUUUACUUGCACAAGCCACAACAGUGAUAUUCAAAUAACUAAAAUCCAAUUCUUUUGCGAACAAAGUAGGCAACCUACGAUUUUAUUAUGUGAUGGUAAAAGGCUUAUUAUUUUUUACCCUUGUCAGAAAUUUAACAAUAUGAUCUUCAAAUCUAGCACUUCGAAAACUGUAGGUAUUUGGAUACUCAAACUGCAGGAGCCAUGUUUAUCUUAUUAUAUUUAAUAUAUUUAAUUAAUUUAGAUAUCUAAUAAGGGUUUACAAGCAAUUUAUUACGAACAAAACUGUCAAACAUUAUAUUUGAUAAUUUUAUGAAAAAAUUGUAAACAUGUACAUACAACCUAAUAGCCAGAAUAAUUGUCCAUAAUUGAUUUUGGACUAUAAGGUCGUACUAUUUGUCUGCUUUACAAUCUUUUUCAUUUACUUCUUACAGUUUAUCACAUUUGCUUUUAUUCUAAUGGAAUACUGAACUUUCAAACUGGAUUAUAAAAUAACAAUAAGACAGCAGUUACUCUGAACUUUCCUAAAAGUGCCAGUUCAAUUUUUCAAAAGCCUCAGUAGUAACCCCGGAACCCUGGACGUAUGCGCUAAUUGGCUGCUUUAGUAAGAGGGUAAGGGAUAGAGACAUCCACUAAGUGGCAUCAGAAUGCGAUGAACUCAUAAUUCCACGAAUUAUUACCAAUAGACGUGUUGGUAGAGAAGAGGAUAGGAUAAUUAGGUCAUCUGUAAUGAGCAUGCAGAUAGUUUGCUAGCAAACCACCAGAGGGUGAUGUACAUCAACAUGUCAUCAACUUUAUAGUAACAAACAGUCUUAAAAUUAAUAAUUUGUUAAAUUUGCUAAACAUUCUUUUUUACAGUUAUCAGUACUGAAAAUCUUUUAUCAAAAUUACAGUUUCAGUUUA